AUGCCUUCCAAGCUCAACAUCUUCUCCAAGGGCUCCCGCUCCAAGUCUGGUAGCGCUACCGACCACUCAAAGCUACAAGAUCCCCGCGGCUCCACCGAGUCCUCGACGCCCCUGAAUGAGUCUGUCGACCUCGCACAAGAGAAACAAAAGGCACGGGAGGCUAUGCGGCAAAGGCAAGCCGAAGAGGUCCUGGCAAAGCAAGGCUACUCGGCCACCUUUCCUGGCUUCCCGCCUUACAGAAAGUAA